GACAAUUUCCUUCAUUCGUAACACUGUCAACCGUGCAAUGUGUUGUCCAUGUGAUUUUUAAUAAAAUUUAUUAAAAAUGAUUGUUGAGAAGAAAAAGAAGCGUGUAUCAAAAAAGAAUAAAGCAGCGUGGCGUAAACAUAGUGAUAUCCGCGAUGUAGAAGAUUUCUUAGAGGAUCAGAGAUUGGAAGAAAGAUUGGGGCGUUUUGAUACAAAAAAAGAUGAAGAGAUAUUUAUGCUGGAUACUGUCGGCGAAGGAAAGGAAGAGGAAAAACCAGACGUUAAGCCGUUAUCUGCUAAGGAGCAAAAGAGAGCUAAACUGAAUGAAACUCCCAGAUGUUUUCAAAUACUACUCCCAUCUUCUAAGGUAGAGGAUCCUAACAAGAAAAGGAAUACUGUGAAAGCAACAGGAUCUAAGCCGUCAGAUUUAUCAAAACUAACAACAAAUAGGAAAAUUCAAAAGGGUGUGUUGCAGAAACAGAUUGAACUGACAAAGAAAAACAUUAGGACUGCAAGGGAAAAGAAGAGAAAGGCUAAAACUAUCAGACAAACGUUUGAUAAGAACUUGUGGAGUACUUCGGAUUUAGAAGCAAAAGGCAUACCAGCUUCCCUUUGUGAAGAGUUCAUAUCACCAGAGGCGCAACUGCACAAUGUUCACACAACACAGCGCUUCAGGGCGAAGCCCCCGCUGCCGAAGACAGUAGUGUCGAGAGUGGCUGUGGAGCCCCCGCACCCAGGCGUCAGUUAUAACCCAUCAUUCCAGGAACAUCAAGAUUUACUGCAGCAAGUUGUGCAGCAUGAGGAGAAAAUGAUGAAGAAGGAAGCUCAUCUCUUACGUGUCACCAAUAAGAUGUUCAGAAAGAUAACACCACAGUCUAAACAUAAUCAAUGGAUAGAAGAAAUGAGCGUGGGUCUACCACAACCGCACAAGCCACAGACAGACGAACAUUCAGACAGCGAUGGGGAAUACAGAGCUAUCAACCCGCCCGUACAGAACAAGAAGAAAGACCAUAAAGCCAGGAGGAGACAGAGGGAGAUGAUCGAGGAAAAGGAGAGGAGGAAACGGGAGAAGAUCGAUAAGAAGAAGAUCACGGAUCUUUACAAGUUACGCAAAUUGCAAGCGUCCAUUACUAAAAAAGAGAAGCGUCUCGAAGAAGAGAAGAAGAAGAAAGAGUGCAAAAAGAAGGAGUUAGAAGAAACAGCAUUACCAGCACUCAAUGCGCACAAGACGCCGAAGAGGGAACCAGACUUCGUGCCGCCGGAGGAGUUGUCUGGCGAUUUGAGGACGCUAUCCGCUAGCAAAAACCUUCUCCGUGAACGUUUCGAGUCGCUCCAAAGGCGCGGAGUACUUGCGGCUUCCAGGGUCAUGAUGAAGAAAAAACGUAGGGUCAAGAGCUACUUCAAAGCCGGGCAUAAGGUCACCGACCAGGAUGUCGAGAAAUAUAUGAAUAAUAUCGACAAAAAGAACAAAAUCACUGUGUCUAAGUAGUGAAUAAAUUUUUGAAUGAA